AUGAAUUCAAAUUGUUCCAAACUCCUUGAAACCAUUUUCCUUGUGAUGAUUUUGCAAGUCGAAUUUCUUAGGCUUGCAUCUAGUUGGAAAAACAUGGAUGCAAACGUAAGCUGCAUAGAGAAAGAAAGAAGAGCACUUCUGGAGUUUAAGCAAAGCUUGGUGGAUGACUAUGGUCGUUUAUCAUCAUGGGGCAAAGAUGAAGAUUGUUGCCAAUGGAGUGGAAUUUUGUGCAACAACCAAACUGGGCAUGUUCAAAAGCUUGAUCUUCGUGAUUAUGAAGGGGACCAACCUUUAAGAGGUGAGAUUAAAGCAUGUAUGACAGACUUGUAUCAUUUAAAUUAUUUAGACCUCAGCUUGAAUGAUUUUCAUGGGAAUGAAAUCCCAGAAUUUUUUGGUUCUUUGGUGAACUUAAGAUAUCUUGAUCUCUCUCAUGGAUUCUUUGGUGGAAAAAUCCCAUAUCAAUUGGGGAUGCUAUCAAGAUUGCAGAUUCUCUAUCUCUUUAGUAACUAUCUUGUUGGAGAAAUUCCUUACCAACUGGGGAAUCUUUCAAGCUUGGAGCAACUUGAUCUUAGUUAUAACAAGCUAGGUGGGAUGAUUCCUUGUCAGCUAGGAAAUCUCUCAUCCUUAGAAGUUCUAGUUCUUGGAAAUAAUGACAAUGUCAUUAUUGACAUGAAUGCUGACUGGAUUUCUCAUCUUUCUUCACUUGUAAGACUUGACUUUGGCAAUGUGAUUGGCCUAAAUAAGUCCAAAAAAUUGUUGCAAAUGGUUUUUCAGCAACCAAAACUAGAACAUUUAUCUAUUUCAAAUUGUAAUCUUUUAGAUAUUGAUAUUCUUCCCUUGUCACCUAAUCGACUAAAUUUCUCUACAUCUCUUCAUAUUUUGGAUCUAUCCCGCAACAAGUUCUCAUCAUCUAUAUUCACUUGGCUUUUCAAUUUAAGCUCUAAUAAUCUUAUUGAUGUUCGACUUAGACAAAACCUUCUGAAAUGUUCUAUUCCACAUGACUUUGGGAGCAUAAUGAAAUCUCUUGAAUAUCUUGAUCUCUCCUAUAAUCAGUUGAAUGGAACAAUACCAAAAAGUUUUGGAUUAUUGUCACAGUUGAGACAUUUGGACAUGAGAGAGAAUUCAUUGGAAGGCAUGAUAACUGAGACCCAAUUUGCCAAUCUCACCAAAUUAUUGGUAUUGAUCUUAUCUCAGAAUUCACUCACAAUGAAAUUUGAUGACAAAUGGAUUCCAAAAUUUCAACUAGAAGUGCUGAAGUUGCAAUCUUGCAAGGUGGGUCCCACCUUUCCCAAAUGGCUUCAAACUCAAAAGAGCCUUAUAAGUCUUGAUAUGUCAAAUGCUGGGCUUUCGGACACUACCACAAUGGGUUCAUUUUUGUGUGUAGCUAAUGAAAGCCUCCACUUUUUAAAUAUCUCAUAUAACCAUUUUGCAGGACAAAUUCCUAAUUGUUGGAGCCAUUUGAAAUUUUUAAGGGUUCUUAAUUUAGGUAAUAAUGCAUUUUGGGGCAAUAUUCCAAAGUCUAUGGAAUCCUUAGAUCGAAUCCACCUUUUGAUUUUACGCAAUAAUCAAUUAAUGGGCAAUCUUCCCUCCUUUAAAAAUUGCAUUGAAUUAGUAUUGUUUGAAGUGGGAGAAAAUGACUUAUCAGGACCCAUACCAUCAUGGAUAGGUUCCCACUUACAACAAUUACAAGUUCUUAGCUUGAGAAAGAAUCUCUUCUAUGGAAAUUUACCAAUGUCUAUUUGUCAUCUAACUACCCUUCAAGUGUUAGAUCUUUCACAUAACAAUUUAUUUGGAGAAAUACCAAAUUGUGUGAAAAAUUUCUCUUCAAUGACUAUGGAACGUGGCAUCAAAAGGGCCAUAGAUGAAUACUACAUCUUUAAUGCCGAUGGUACCAUACGUUAUUUUGUGACGUAUGAGUUUUUUCCUCUAGUAACCUGGAAAGGUAAAGAACUACUGUUUAAUGACAAUAAGGGACUCUUGAAUUUGAUUGAUCUAUCAAGCAAUCAACUAUGUGGAAAAGUACCAAUUGAGAUUGGUAAUCUCACAGAGCUAAGAUCUUUGGAUUUAUCAUUCAAUAAUUUGAGUGGCGAAAUUCCAUCACAAAUUGGCAACUUACAUUCCUUGGAUUUUCUUGAUUUAUCAAAAAAUCAUUUAUCAGGAACAAUUCCUUCAAGUCUAUGUGAAAUCAGUAUGCUUAGUGUUUUGAACUUGUCAAAUAAUAAUUUGUCAGGACAAAUUCCAUUGGGAACACAGUUACAAAGUUUUGAUGCAGCUGCUUAUGAAGGCAAUGUUUAUCUUUGUGGCAAGCCACUUGAAAAACUCUGUGUUGAGGAAAUUGAGGAUCCAAUGGUUAAUGAAGAGCAUCAUGAAGACUUAUUUUUCACCCAAGGAUUUUACUUAAGCAUGGGUUUAGGGUUUUUUGUUGGGUUUUGCGGGGUAUUUGGCUCCUUGUUAUUUGUGCGUUCUUGA